GUCCGCUGGCGUCUUUGGUGUCCCCCGCACCAUCAACCCCGAGAGUCUCCUUGCUCCACCUUUUUCACCUCGCUUUUACCUCCAUGUCCCCACCCCUCGUUCUUGUUGUCCCUCAAACGCCGACAUAAAGAUUGAUUGAAGUCUUGAAUUGUUUCAUGGUCUUUGGUGUUAGUUGCUUUACUGUGAAAACAAAUCUCUAAAAAAAAAAAAAAAAAACACCUCCGAACAGCCCUUGAAUUACCCGGACUCAGGACUUUAGCUGGGUCGUCUCGUGACUUUGUUGUCUUUUUCCUUCAUAUCUUCUUCUCCUCCUCCAUCUUUUCUUCCCUGUUGUCCGUCACCAUCCGUUUGUGUGUCCCUUGACGUCGCUCGAAGACGGCAUCGACUGUGGAGCUGUACUACAAUCAAGACUUGACGUGUUGCUACCAAAACGAUAGCCGUUUCACUUUGACAAUGGCUACAGUAGACAGCAAGGGUCUGCCUCACGAUGCCCCGUCCGUCACCCUCACGAUCCGCCUCCUCAUGGCCGGCAAGGAAGUCGGAAGUAUCAUUGGCAAGAAAGGCGAGAUCGUCAAACGUUUUCGAGAGGAGUCUGGCGCCCGUAUCAACAUUUCGGAUGGAUCCUGUCCGGAACGGAUCGUUACCAUUACAGGGACGACGGAUGCCAUCUUUAAGGCCUUCAACCUCAUUUGCAAGAAACUGGAAGAGGAAGUUGGUGGUCCGUUGACAGGAACGGCUAUUCCUCGGCCGCCCAUCACGCUUCGCCUAAUUAUGCCGGCCUCGCAGUGCGGCUCGUUGAUUGGCAAAGGCGGAUCCAAGAUCAAAGAAAUUCGAGAAAUCACUGGCGCUUCGGUCGUUGUCGCCUCUGAGAUGCUUCCCAAUUCGACGGAGAGGGCUGUGACGGUGUCUGGAACCAGCGACGCCAUCACGCAGUGCAUCUACCACAUUUGCUGCGUUAUGCUCGAGUCUCCACCGAAAGGAGCCACCAUUCCGUACCGUCCCAAGCCCCAGGUCGGUGGACCGGUGAUACUGGCCGGCGGUCAGGCGUACACGAUCCAGGGCAACUACGCCGUCCCAGCGACGCCCGACGUGACCAAAUUGGCUGGCAACCCAUUGGCUAACUUGGCGGCUCUGGGUCUCGGCGGAUUGACUGGAACAGGUGGCGGUGGGUCCAUGAACGCCUCAGCCCUUGCGGCCCUUGCUGGCAGUCAACUUCGGUCUGGAGGAGGAGGAAAUCAAUCUGGUGCGCCCCAACAGUCGCAAGAGAUGGCGGUCCCUAAUGAACUCAUCGGAUGCAUCAUAGGCAAAGGAGGCACGAAAAUUGCCGAAAUUCGACAAAUCAGUGGUGCCAUGAUCCGCAUUUCUAAUUGCGAAGAUCGAGAGAGCAGUUCGGAGAGGACCAUUACUAUUACGGGCACGGCUGAAUCGGUCGCUUUGGCGCAGUAUCUCAUCAACACCAGUGUUGAGCUCCACAAAGCGAAUAUGGAAAGUCGGUCGCAAGGUGGUGCUGGUGAUGCGACAAACCAGUCUGCCGUAGCAGCCGUGGCUGCUUCUUCAGCGCUGGCCAAUGCGUUACCGUUGGCUCAGCUACUGUCCAAACCGGGCGCCCUCAGCGCUCUGGGUCUGUCGGGGUUGACAGCACUUACUUCGCUCUCUGAAAUCCUUACGGGUGCAGCGGCACAGCAACAGGCCCAACAGUCUGCCGUCCAGACGACGGGCGUCCACCGUAGUGGCCGUUCGGGUGGCUAUGAACCCAAAGUCCGCUCCUCCACCGGCUCCUCGUCGCCUCCUUCUGGUACCAUCAAGAAAGAUCGCAACAAAUUUGCGCCCUAUUAGUUUGGAUUGUUUUUUUUUCUUCCGAUUUCUUUAUUUGCAGUUUGCUAGUGGGCCAAAUCAUUAGUUGUUUUUCUAACGGGAAGGGAUGGGGUUGCCUAUGUCCAACUGGGGAGUUCUUACGUUAUCUGACCACCACGUUGUGUGGCUGUUUUCCCAUCGUCCCUAAUCGUGGAAGUUUUUGAAUUUAUUUAACUUUUUUUGUCUAAUUAACACGUCAUUAAAGGUAGUUGUUUGAAAAAAAAAACAGUUUUAAUUUCUCAUAAUUCUGCCGGUUCGUUUGUCGAGAUAAUUUUCAAAAUGAAUACAUCAGUGUCCGUUGUUUUGGGCUGUAUCGUACACUGAACUUUAGGCAGGCAUUAGGCACAUUCGCUCGUUGAUUCUAAUGGUUUACUUUGUCGUCGUUUCUUUUUAAUAGGGAAAGAAUUCACUUGACAUACUUGCUUUUUAGACAGUUAAAAAAAAUCUUGAGUUUACGUGGGACAGGUGGUAGUAGAGGUGAGCUAAUCUGGGGUCGCUCAUGUUUUUUUGUUUUUUUAGUGUAACCUCCGUUAACUUUUGGAAAAAUUGCAAAUCGACGUGAAUCAACCAAAAUGAAAACAAACCCGUGUGCUGGUAGUAUCGAGUUGUAGUAGGCAAAGCGACAAGAGAAAAAAAAUAAUUUAAUAAAGACGAUAAUUUACCGGAGUGAUCCCGUUUAUUUGAAUUCCGUAAAAAGAAAAAAAAAACAUUUAAACAAAGUAUCUUCCGUUGAGUAAGAAGCAUAGUUUUGGGCCGUCGUUUUUUUUUUUUUUUUGUAUGCAUACGAUAUCACGCGUCUGGUUCAAAUGAAAAUUCUAUGAUUAUUGCUAUUAUUAUUUUCAAUCCUUCCACCGUGUUGACUGUUCUUCUCCCCAUUCUUCUUUGUAUGUUGAUUUUCUCCCUCUUUACAUCAUUCUUUCCCCCAUUUCUUUAUACAUAUGAUCCCAUAUGGCCGUUAUACAAAAGAAAAUCCUUUCCUUCAUUUUAUUUUUCCUCCUCCCAAACGCCCUUCGUUCAUCAAAACAAAACCUUGUGGAUGGAGCUUCUCUUUUUUUUUCAUUUUCUUUCUUUCUUUUUUUUUUUUUUUUGCUUUCCUUUUUGACAUUGUAUAAGGUAGAGACACACUCUUGCUGCAACAAAAAAUACCUUGUUCUCUACGAUCCGUGUUCUGUCAUCUUGGCCCCACCCACUCCACCUUUGUCAUUUUUCUUUGUUUUUUGAAACAGAAAAUGUAGUUUCGUUUCGUAAUAUAAGAGUUAUCGAUGA